CCGGUUUUAUAGGAGUUAUAAUUGGCGCCUGUUGGGACUGAAUUUUAGAAGAGCUGCUUUCUAAUGUACUAAUGAUAAAAUAUACUGUCAAGCUACUGAAGGUUGCCCUAACACGCUUUACAGAGCCGUUUGCUUGCACUGACCUGAGUAGAAAAUAGGCUGUCUCAGCAUUAUUUUGUUUUUAUUUCAGUCUAUUCUAGGGAAGACUUAACUUUUUUUAUAGCAACUAGCACCGCAGUUUUAUUUCGUAGCAGAGUGACUGGAAAAUUUGAUCAACAUCUGUUUGAAUCAAAUAUCACUAUAUCUCUUCCUCCUUUUUCUUGCUUUUUGAUCCAGUUCACAUGCAUGCACUCAUCACCUCUCUGUCCUUUUCUCUCCUUUUGCCCACCCUGCAGUCCUCAUACCCAAGCACACACUCUCCCACAGCUCCCCAAGAUACAGCCCCCUCUGUUAGAGACACCCCCUCUGGUGUUUGCCCCAGUGGACCCCACCUCGGGUCCCAAACUGGUCAAAUGUGAGAGGUGGCCCCUCCUGGGGCGCCAGGAUCCCCGGGAGCCCCCAGACCCCUUUGAUUAUGAGAGCAUUACCCCUGACUUGGAGAAUGAUGACAUGUUUGCCAGGCGAACCCUGGCCUUCCAGUCCAACACAGACUUGGCCAUGAUGAAGACUCAGCUGCCCACCAAACGUCGUCUCUACACGUCUGAGCCGCAACUCAACAUCAUCACCCAGCGACGCGCUGGGGGCAACACCGAGGAGGAAGAAUACCCUGAUAUCGAGGAGGAUGAUGUGGUUUAUCGUAAGGAGAAAACCCAGCAGGCUCAGCGGCCGCUCUCUGGAGCCCCUGACAACUACUCGCCUAUGCCCAUCCCAGAGCCGUGGGCUCUGCCUCCUGAUCUCAAGGCCAGACUCCUGUGCCCCCCAUGUCCUCUGACGCAGGAGGCAGCAGCAAACAAACAGAAUCUGGCUGAGAGCGAGACGCAUCCUCAAACAGAUGACAUGCUAAUCCGGAAAUAUGGAGUUUGCUCUGAUCAGAGCUCAAAGAGAGCCAAUCAGAUGGCGCCCUCGGUGCCUUCGUCCUGUAGCGAAAAUGACCUGCAGAGAUGGCAGGCUAUCAGGGAAGCCAGUCGGCUAAGAUAUAAGAAGAAGCUCAUGGUGGAGAGGCUGGCGGCUCUGAAGCUGUAGAAGCAGAUUACUGUAACAGUGCCUGUUAGUUUCUCAUGACUUUGUGACUGUGAAAACUCAUUUCGGUCUUGAAAUAUUUUGUGUCUGAUGGUGAAGUGGUCUCGACUGCAUGUUGAUCCAACUUGUAAAUGAUUGGUCUUAAGGCCGUCACAGACAUAGAUGGGGGUUCUUUAUGAGAGCUAAUCGGUGCCUUCAGUAUUUAAUGGGUCAGUCACACGAACCACAAUAAAGGAGCUCAGAACUUUUUUCUGUUCUUUGUUACCUCAAAAAUGAAGGUCUUUUCCACUCAGAAACUGUAAAGAAAGUCCUUAUGAAAUUGUUUCCAUAGGGCCACUGAUUAUGGUUUUCUGCAUGAUGGCAAUAUGGUUAAUUUACUCCAGCAACACAUGGUAUGUACAUGCUGAGUGGACGACGAGACUGUACGUUGAACCUACUGCUACUGUGUUUUUGAAGUGUGAUUUUUGAACAACACAAAUCUCCGACAUGGUACAUCAGACCCAAAUCUUUCAUUUGAUCUUUGGUUUUGUUUUGCUAUCAGACAGAGUUUGCCUGUGAGUGGAAAUAUAUACAAGCUCAAUAAAGGAAAUAAGAGACUUCAUGAUCUUGUGAUGGAUUGAUGCAUUCAAUCGGCCAUUUGUUGACCUCACCUAACACCUACUGUAUAGUAACAAGGAUCUGACCGGAGUUCAGUGUUGUUUUCCUCAGCACAGGGAACUUCACACUGACAUGUAAAGCCCAAAGUGCAGCGGCACCACAGUGUGGAAAGGUUCAAGCCUGAGUAAUAUCCAAACAUAACGUCCUGAACACACUGACAGCACCUAGUGGGGCAAUUAAACGUAGUCCUGUCUGUUAAGCCGACAUGAGAGCCUAUAGAAAUUCCCCACAGCUCUGAAAGAAAGAUGCGACUUGUGGACUCCAUAGUAACCCGAACACAAAUCUGUACUGCGGUUGUUUGCACAUGAACAGACACACACAAGCACGCACAAAGCAACCAUUUAACCUGAGUCAAGGCCAUCUGGAUUUACUUCUCUUCCAUAUGUAAAGCCAUGUUUCCAGUGACAUCAUGUUGGAGUUUCCAGAAAGGCGGCAUUGUUUAGAGAAACAUACAUGUCUGCACACCUCCCCGGCUAAAUGUCAAGGAAAGGAAAGGCGAUACUGUGCUGUAAGCGUACUUUAUACGCACCUUAAAGGGAUAGUUUUGGUCUUUUAAAGUAGGGUUGUAUCACCUACUUAUCUAUAGGCAGUGUAUUAAGUAGAUGUCAAUUGGUACACUCCACGUUUGGAGAAGCAGGCUGGAGUACCUCCGUGGAAGCUAAGCAUUGUACUGCUGUGGAUAUAUUUUAGCCACCUAAAAUAAGUACUAUCUAAAAAAAUCAAUAUCAGUUUAAGUGUAUGCCAUAUUGAGAGUAUUUUUACUGCUUUACCU